GCUUAUCAAGGAGUAUGGUUGAGAGCAUUAUUGGGUGAAAUUCUGGGGGAAGAGCAGGAGGCCUUUCAGCUCUUGGUUGAUAAUAAAUCAGCUAUUAAUCUUGCUCAAAACCAUGUUGCUCAUGGGAGGAGCAAACACAUAGAACCCAAGUAUCACUUGAUAAGGGAAAAAGUCAAGGAGGGGGAUACUUGUUCUCAUAUACAGCAGCAGUGAAGGAAUAAACCUCAACACAGCCGAUUCUCUCCCCCUCUUCUACAAUCAUGGGAGAUUCAACUGGAAACUUUCUUGUCCCAAAUUAGCUCACUAUGCACAUUUAUUUUUUUAAGGUCAUUUUGAUCUUUCUAUUCUCUUUAUUUAUGGGUGUUAUUUUUAAAAGUCAUUCCUAAUCAUACUACAGUAAAGACGUUGACAUAGGGCAACGCCUCUCAUGGCUUUGUAGCUUAAUUGGAUUGACUGGAUGACCAAGUAGGGGAGAAGCAAGUCAGCUAUGAUCUUGGCUUUGUUGGAGUCGGGUAGUUUGCUCCGCUUUUCUCUCUUCCGCUACUUUCAUCUUUUGUUCUCUUGUUGCCUUGUUUGGUGAUCAGUGGUAGAGUUUUUGUCCAGCGGGUUUGUUUUUCCGUGUGUUUGUGUGCUUCGUGUGUGAGCAUUUGUUUUGUUGUUUAUUCAUUUUGUUUUGUUCUGUUGUCCGGUGUUUCUAUGUUGCCGAGAAUUUUGUCCGACCGAGUUUUCUCUGGCCGAGGGAUUGGUCCGUUCCAAUUGUGAAUGUGUUUGGGCUUUUGAUCGUAAGUUUCUGUUGCUUCUUCUCUAUCUCGAAUUCGGUGUUCCUUUCAUUGGCCAUUCAUGGAUAGCUUAAAUCGGGCUUAUGGAAGGAUGUCAUUUAAGGAGCUUGAUGGCGAGAGAUAAAAACGGCAAGGCGGCAGUGCUCCCGGAACAGCACCACCUAAAAUACUGAUAGAUCCCAUAAACAAGAUGAUUCCUUUGGAGGUGGCUGGUCAAACCUCUUCUUCCUUUCCGGUGACCAGUAAAAUCGAGAUGAUUCCUUUGGAGGUGGUUGUGCAAACCUCUUCUCCCUUUCUGGUGGCUGGUAAAAUCAGGAGACUUGAUUUAGUUUGUCGCUUUUCUUUUAAGAAUCCUUGUUUAAUUACUCCCUAUCUUAGUAGCAAGUUUAGCAGUGGUGUUAGAUUAGCCUACAUCGUUGUGGGGUUAGCAAAUAUGUUGGGUCCUUCGGGGCUAAUCAAUUCUAUGUUUCACCCCAGUGUAGGCUUGAGGUGUUGUAUUGCUUUAGCUCUUGUUAUUUUAUUUUUUUGAAAGAUUGUUAUUUUCUUUAUUAAUAAAUAAAUAAGUUUCCUCCUUUCAAAAAAAAUC